AUGGCCCAACGUGUGAGGUCCCAGGCGUCUCUACGCGACCGCUCCUCAUUGCUGGGUGUAACACCUCCCCCGUCAGGCCGCUCGUCACCAUACCGCGAAUUACCACUACACAAUGGCCAACGCUAUGCCGAUGACCUUGAAGGUCAGAACGACGAAGCCCUGGAAGGCCUCAACUCAAAAGUCAAGCUACUCAAGGAUCUAACCAUUGGUAUUGGCAACGAGGUACGAGAAUCUGCUGUCCAACUAAGUCAAAUGAACGAUGCAUUCGCGGAAACAUCUGGUAUACUAUCUGGUACUUUCCGACGAAUGAACAAUAUGGCCGAACGACAAGGCUGUCGGUGGCUCUGGUACAUUGUCUUCCUAAUUCUCGUGUUUUGGUUCUUCAUUGUUGUAUGGUGGUUUCGACGAUAA